AUGAUAAAUAAGAAUUUGAAUUUACUGCUUAAAUUAAACAAGUUGGAUUUUGUUCCACCAAACAGCAACUUUGGAGGCAGUUCAAGCCCUUUUACUCCGGUUGAUCAAACUUUGAAGACACCUUUAGAAGCACCUCAGCAUCAAACUGAGUUUCCAUUACAACACCAAUUUCAGCUGCAGCAACAAGGAUACCAUGGGAAUGUUAAUCAAUCUUCACUAUAUCAAAACCCGGAAGUUAAUGAAUCUGAUGACAUUCUUACCGAUAUUGAUGAACCAUGCAAUUUAACUAGGCGAAAUUUCACAUUGUUUUUUACAAACCAAUUUGAUCAAGUAUUGAUUUCAAUAUAUUCGACCAUUUUGUCAUUGCCAACUACUACUCCCUUUCUGGGAAACAUCCCUCCUAGUGGACUAGUCAGUAAAGUUGCCAAUGAAACGAUAAAGGAAUUGAUCAGAGUCACAUCCGCCUCCAAAAACACACCAAUAUACGAUCAAUUCAAUAUAAUCAAUCUGGAUUGUCUUCGGAGCCACGAAUACCAACCAAUAAUAUUACAGUUAAUAAGAAAAAGGUUAUUAGAGAUAUGCCAUAGCAAAAACAAUUCUGUUAACAAAUUACCAGAGUCUACGUCUAUACUGCUCAAUAGUACAGUGACAAGAAACUCUUCCGUUUCCAACUUAUCUUUGAGUGAUAUGAAUCUAAUGAAUUACAAUAACUCAAAUCAGAAUAAUACUGCAGUGAACUUGGCAAGAUCACGAUCGUCGUCAAUCAACUUGAGAAAGCAGUCCCUAACCAGAAACAAUUCCAACAAUUGGUUGCAUGUUGGGAACAUUAACAAUUUGAGACCGAGUGGAAAUCCAGACUUUAAUAUGAGUACAGACUCGUUGCAAUCAUUCCAAGAUUUUGUUCCUCAAUCAAUAAUUAAUCGUACAUCCAAUGGCAGUGGUAAUGCGAAUGUGACUAACAACAGCAACAAUUUGGUCAGUUCCUCAAGUAAUGUUGGUCAAUUGAAUUCUAUGAUGAUGGACUAUCACAUAACUCCUCCAACCUCACAUAAGGGUUCAAUAAGCUCGACUAACCUGCCAUACAAUAUUGUUCAUAACCCUUGUACUUCUGAUUCCGAAGAGUUUCAGUUUUUGCAAAGAUCGAGAUCCUCGUCAAGGGGUAACAAUUUGCCACAAGCACUCAAUAUCAAUACUGACAUGUCUAAUCUACAGGCUUUGAAUUCUUUACAAGGGAAUUCAGGCAAUUCCAAAUAUGUGCAACCAGGACUAUCGUUAGACUCUCCAUUUUUGUCUGCUACAACUCCAGGUGACGAAUACUUUAGUGGGCCACUGUUUGCUAACCCCAGCAAUAACCUGACCACGGCUGUAAUUAGUGCGGGUUCCAACUCUGUCGAAAACGCAGAAGCAGGUGGUGACACUUCUAAAGCAAAUUUACCCAAUCAGUACAGUUUAAGUGAGAAAAAGAGAGAUUCUUUGAAAAUGAAGCGUGGAAUUCAUUAG